AUGCUGGUCAUCGUCGUUGUACUAUUCGCCAUCUGCUGGGGACCGAUCCUCAUCAACAACGUCCUUGCGGCCUUCGGAAUCCUGAACCCUCUCAACUACGAUUACCUUAAGCCGAUGCGGGCCGCCUUCUUUCUUAUGUCCUAUAUGAACAGGUAAGUGCCCAUCCACCGACAAAAUAACGUCCUGCACGUGUCAGAGUAUGUCAAUAACACUCGUUCAUAAGUUCAUGCGCCCCAAACUCCUCAGCGCCCACCCUUAUAUCUUAUAAAAAAAAAAAAUAAGGCAAGGGUUCUUACCAACUAAUGCCGUGACCCCAGGGGGCGUCAGAGGCAGUGUUAGGUGGUGCGCGUAAGGAUCAAGAAAAUGUGGUUAAUAUGCAAUUUUAUUUACAUGAUGAUAUAAUCGGGGGAGGGGGGGCUGGUGCGGGAAAUGUGUUUUAAAAUCGAGAUGGGGAUACAGUGGUGGAAACAAAUGAGGAGACCUUAAUAUAAUAAUAAUAAUAAUAAUAAUAAUAAUAAUAAUAAUAAUAAAGUUUAUUUGAAAAUCACGCUUCAUCACCAAAGGCUCGAAGCGCGGUACAUAGUCUAGUAUAUUAAUAGAGAAAUGAAACAAUCUAAAAUAUACCACAUUGAAAUACAAAAUGCAACAUUCUGAAAUACGAGAAUAACCAUUCUAAGUCUUUCAUACCUAGCAACCAUAAACAACCCAGGGCCGAUACACAUCCACAAGAUAAUAAGCUAGAUAGACAUCAUUCCAGCAGGCGAAAUAGAUAUGUUUUCAAAUCAGUUUUGAAAGACUCCACUGACUGGCUGUUUCUGAGAGCGACAGGAAGGGUGUUCCAAAUUGUUUGGGGCCAGCAAAUGCUAAAGUACGCCCCGCGUAAGUCUCAAGGCGAACACGUGGUACCGAGAAUGUGCGACUAUCAGAUGAGCGGAGUUGAAUAGUGGGUAUAUAGACAUGUAUAAGACCAAAGAGCGCACUUGUCUAAAACGAAUACACCCCUUAUUUGGUCCCAGCUUCCCCCCAGUUUUAGGAACCGCUGGUCUACAAGCCCACUGCCGAGUGUAUACAACAUCUUUGACAUAGAUGCUUACAAGUAAGGGUUAGUGAGAAAUUGGGAGAAUGUUAACUUCUUCACAAAAUUGUAUUUGUCUCCUCCCCCCCCCCCCACAAACCCACUUUUUUUUUUAAUUUUAAAACAAAUAUCCUUCUAACAACUUUUCCUUCGAACAGGUUUGUUUCGUACACAUUUCCGAUAAUCCUUCCUAAACACCUUCCCACCCCACCCCCUUUUUUAAACCAUAAAUCCAACACUGACGUAAUAAUGAGUUAUAUUUUGUAUUCCUUUUCUUGCCUGAUGUAUUUCUUAACUUUUAACACUAUGAUAGCGAUCUCAUAAGUUGACUUCUUUGUGUUUACAUCUGAGUCAGUGGCGUAGCUAGGGAUUUGGGGGCUUUGGGGUCUUGGCCUCUUUAGGGGCCCCUGCAUUUUGACAUUUGACAUUAUUUAAUGUAAAAAAAAAAAAUUUCGGACACGCCUUUGGGGGCCCACCUCAAAUAGGGACCCGGGGGGGGGGGGUCUUUUCUUAUUUUAAAAUAAAAACCUCCCCUAGCUACGCCACUGAUCUGAGUCCAGCUAGAUGCCAGCUGUUUCAAUUUAUUUAUUCAAUUCCACGAAACUCUCAGAGCAUCAACCAUUUUUUUUAAAUUUUAAAUAGUUAUUUUUUUUUGUAAACGUGUUGUUUCGUGUGUUUCUGCCCAGCUGUGUCAACCCCAUAGUGUACGCCUUCAUGUCCAAGAACUUCCGACAGUCGUUCAAAUUAGCCAUCUGCGCAUGCCUGAAGGGGAAGCCAUUCGUACGUGCCUACAGGUUCAGCACGUCCAUCUCCAGCACGCGGAUGUCUGUCAUCUCCAACGGUCGACUUCGGCCGGGGUCAGUCGUCAACAGGUGCGUCAGAGAACAGGGAUUUUUAAAAAAAAAUUUUUUUCUUUUUUUUUUUUUUGGGGGGGGGGGGGGAUCUAUUUAUUUAAAAACAUGCGUGAUUUUGGAAUAUUUAGCUCAAAAUGGUGUAUCGAAAGGAAAAGAUAGAAUAACUUCUGCUGGCCGAAUAUACAGGUACCUCGAUUUUGUCUAAAAUAUAUUUGAUUUUAUUAUUUAAAAAAUUCAUUGCAUGCAUUGACAUUUAAACUUUAUGAUCAAAUAGGAAAUAUUAAAUCCGUCGAUUUUAUCAUCACAGUUUUAAAUGGUCCUAAUCAAACAAGGUCAAGGUGAAGAAAACAUAGACGAAUACUACAACUGGUACCUUUUUUUUUUUUUUUUUUUUUGCUGUUUUGUUUUUGUUAAAGUGAUUCACAGGAGGACAGUUAGUUGACCCUACCGAGCCCAACCCAGCCCUUUCCCCAGCUUACGUAGUCAUUUUAUCCGUCGAUUUUAUCAUCACAGUUUUAAAUGGUCCUAAUCAAACAAGGUCAAGGUGAAGAAAACAUAGACGAAUACUACAACUGGUACCUUUUUUUUUUUUUUUUUUUUGCUGUUUUGAUUUUGCUAAAGUGAUUCACAGGAGGACAGUUAGUUGACCCUACCGAGCCCAACCCAGCUCUUUCGCCAGCUUACGUAGUCAUUUGAAGGAAUACAUGUGCAUGUCAACAGAGAAUUACUCAUCAUUUAUUAGUUUAUAUAGCAAAUAAACUUGUUUUGUAUUUGACAUUGCCGUACGUAAAAUUAACAUUUUCUAAAUAAAAUAGGCUUAUUCUGUGGGUUUUUUUUUCUGAUAUAUUUCCAGAGACAAAAGUAGUAGCAGUGGCAACGACAACACCCAAACACAAG